AUGGAAUUAAUUACAAAGAAAACAAAUUCUCAAGAUUUACUGGCAUGUGGCAGAGGUGAAGGACUCAGUGAGAAGCUUCUCCUCACACCAAAGUCUGGCAGAUCGUUACAGACCGAGAAAGUUCCGAGAAGCUGCGUGCUGGAGCGGCUGCAAAACUUUCUGCCUCAGAUAGCUCAGGCCAAUGAGAAACUGAAGCAGCAAAUUGAUGAAGCUCCGGCUGGACACUUCGACAUAGAGUGUGUGGAGGAGGCAGAAAGGAUCAUAGAGAUGGAUGUUGCUCUGGUGGAACUUCAUGGGUCAGACAGCAGUUCUGAAGAUGAUGGAGAGGUGACAGACUGUGGCGAGGAUUUGGACUCUGACAGUGGUGCCAGUGAAAUCACUGAACAGAACCUCAAACUACCAGGACACAAGGGAAAAAAGAAGAUGGCAAACAUCAAAGUUCUGGAAUAA